GCUAGGCCCCUUUCUCUGCUUCUGGAUGCCCGUGUCCUUCACACCCCUCAUCCUCCCCCCAGCCUCAACUCGGGGCACUCCCUCUUCCUCGUGCGCCGAGCGUCUGUUCGCGCCGCGCCCGCUGCACCUCCCGGGCUGCCCGGCACCGCCUCUGCCUUGUGAGUGCAGAGCUGUCGGGCGGGAGCAGCCGCGGGUGGCGCCCUCCGAGCGCCGCACCUGGGGAGGCGGCCCAGCCCGGUGGUCUCCUUUCGUGCGGUCAGGUGUUCAGGGAGCGUCGUGGGGGCCGGGACCGUAGGGUUUCAGCCUCACCUGCGCUACUGACCACUUGCAUGACCUGGUCUCCCGCUUGGGGCUUUAGUUCUUUCUUUCUGGAAGCCCAGAGGUUUUGUCUAGUUUUGGAUCUUUCAGUCCGAAAAAAUCCCAUGUCCUUGCUUAAGGUUUCUCCUGCUUAUGGGCUCUCAGCUGGUUUUUUGUUUUCUUUUUUCUUUAAAACCUUACUUGUAUUAUUUAACUCCAGCCACCUGGUGCCUUGGUGUUCAGUGACUGUCGAAUGGCAUUAGGUAUGUCAAUAUCCUAGGUGGACAUAAAGACAGCACUUUAUGGAGAAAUUCUGCCUAAGUUCCAGAGUUUCUCCAAAUUUAUGGAACAACUUUGUUCAUGCUUUUUAUUAGAGAGGAAGGUUUAUUGCUCCUCAUCCUUCUUUGGGAAAUAAAGGUAGUGCAAAAUAAUUACAGGGCAAAAAUGUGGAAUAUAUUUAAUGCGUUUUCAUUUUUUAAAAAAAUCUGGAAAUCGAUCACUUUUAUGGCCAUAACGAAGUCUCCUCACUUAAGCAUGCUUUCUAUUGAUGAAUAUAAUAAAAAGAAUGGGAAAUUGAUUGCCCUAAGACUGCUUUUAUUUCCUACGUGUAAAAAAGUGCUGUAAAUUUUCUCUUUCUAAAUUUAUUCAGCUUGCCUUCCAGUGGCCAUGCUUGCUUAGGAAAAAUGUUUAGGAUCAUGCAAACUUCCAAAACAUAAACCCAAAGGGCAACUUACACUGUGAAAAGAUUAACUACAGAGGAUUUUUUUUGUUUGUAUGUGUUUUUUUUAAAAUAAAUGACAGCCUCCUUAACCUCCUUUACUGCUUUGAGAUAGGAUUUUAUUUAUGCAACUUUUUGAAAACACAUUGAUGUAUAAACAAAGUCCACCCCUGUCCAUCAUGAGUCUUUUUAUGAUCUUAUGUAAUAGUAUUAAAUUAUAUUAUGAAAACAUUUGUGAACGUCCACCAUGGACAGGUUCAUACAGUCUUGGAAAUGUGAAGAAACAUAGAAUAUAUGUCUAUAACCUCAUAAAUAUCAGUCUGUGGAUUAUGUAAAAUUAUUUAGUAUUUCUGGAGUGGAUAGUCUGAGUUCUCUUCCUUCAAAAAUUCUCUAGAGAGGGGAAGGGAACAGAUUGUGUUGUACUAGAAUUAGUAAGUGGGUGCUACAUCUACCCCAGCUUACUGAGCUAUGGUUAUUUUAAAACAAACAGAAAUUAUGUCAAGAAAGGCAGUUUAAUAUUCCUGUCAAACUGAGGACAGAGGAAUGUCAUAAUGGAACAUAGCUCGAAUAAGUACUUGUAUGGUGUGUAUAUUUAGGAUUAUUGCAUGACCUAUCUCAAAAGACUUUGAAUGUAUGACAGUUCUGUAGCCUGUCCAGUAGUGCCAGUUGAAAUAACCUUGAUGUUCUUUCUUCGUCAGUUUCCCUUUUAUAAUAUCAUUAAGGUCCUUGGAGAGAUUUGGCUUUUGGGGGUAGGGUGGAAAGUAAAUAUGCAUGCUUUUUCUCCCCCAUAUAAAUUAAAACUUUUUUUAACAAGUGAGAUUAAAUAGGUAUUUUCUGUUUCAGGUAUGUUGAAAUGAAUUCUUAGGUUAGAUUUGGAAAAAUGGCUUAUUUCUUACAUGUACUUAUGGUAUACAUUUAUGCUGAAAAAAUAUAUUUGAGUUAUAGCAGUUUUUUUUGUUUACUUGUUUAUAUUCACUAAUAUUGUUAAACUUUUUUUAGCGUUACCCAAACCAGAUCUAAAAGUGAAAAGUUUCCUGAAGUAACUAUAGUUUCCACUAUUACUUUGGAGCUUUCAUCAAGCCAAAUGGCAAACAUUGACUGAGACAGCUUUUGGGGUAGAGUGCAUAUGCUUUUCAUAGAUGAUUUCAUUUAAUCCUCACAACCCCAUGAGCCAGAUGUUGUUAUCCCCAUUUUAUGAAUGAGGAAAAUGAGGCUUAGCAAAAUUUUAGAAUUACUUUGCCCAAGGUUACAUUAGUUAGUAGUAGAACUAGGAUCUAUUUUGAGCCUGUACUCUUAACCACUAAGUUUUGAUCUAGUUGUAGUUGAAUGAAUGAAAAUCACUUGUGUUAGAAAAGACACAUCCAUAUUUGGAUUUACUAAUUGGAAGUUAAACUUGCUCUCUGUGAAUGUUUUAUUAACUGUGGUUUCCAUGGAUUAUAUUUAUCCAGUAAAAGUAAAAAGCUUUAAUAGCACAAGAGCAGAUCCACUCUAGAACAUCUAUGUUUCUCAUCCUUUUUUCAUUUAUCAAGUUUACACUACAUGUGUAAAAUGUCCGUAAUGUAUUCCACUUAAGGAGAAUUCCUAAAGCAAAAAUUGUGGAGAUGGGGUUAUGUGUUUGUUAGUGGAUGGGUGACGCUUUGAAAGGUGUGUACAGAUUAAGGAGUAAAGAAAAAAAGGUAGGAAAGAAAACGAUUUUAUAGUUUGAUUUCUAGCUUUUAUGUAAAUUAUUAAUCCAAUAGAUCUAGGCAAGCGCAGAUCCAGGUAGUGGCCACUUAAUAGUGGCUAUUGUUGAUCUUGAAAGUGGGUGAGAAUCAUCUCAAAGGUAACAUCGGUUCUUUUUCGUAAAAUUUAGAAGAAAAAGUGAAUUGAAGGCUCCUAUGCCAGUUAUAUAAAGCUAAGUCUGGACCCCCACCCAACAUAAAAUUCUUAGAAAGUACACAUAUUCUUUUUAGACGUAGAAUGGUGCAAUUCAGAGGUAAAGGUUAAUUGAAACAAGAGUGUUGUUUUAUGGAAUAUUAAGCAGUGAUUCUUACCACCCAAGUCUUUUUCCUUUCACACUGAGAAUUAGUAUGGUAAUGAGCCACUUUUAUUUGUGGGAGACAGGGGUCUAACUUCAGACCUGCUGGCUGGAGAAAGAAUUAAUACCUUUAUUUAGGGAGCACCUAAGCUAAAUAUAGUUGUUAAUUCACCUCUUUGAAAGUAACUGUUGAGUAGAUGGUAGCUUUAGUACUAAACCCUUUAAUUUGCUGAUGAUCAGUAAUCAGUUCUUGUGUAGAAAAAGAAAAUGAUGAAAGGAUUCAGUCUGGAUUCAGUCCCUGCCAACUUUUCAUGAAGAGCAUUUUCAGGAAAUUCGAUUUGCAAUAAAUAAGUCAGGAGGCCCUUCUUGAAAUUUCAGCAUGGAGUCAGGGGAGGGAUGGAGAGAGCUGAAUUUCCCCUUUAUUCUUGGGCUCAGUCUAAUAAUCUAGAUCUUGUGUCACCUUUGUGGUAUUGAUUUGCUGCAUUGUAUGGAGGGUGCUUUGAUGCCUGAAUUCUGCUUAAACUUUGCAUACCUUUGGCUUAGCAUGCUUUUGAAAUGGGUAACAUUUCUGGGAGAAGUAAUAUUAAGCUGUUGUUUUAAUAGCACUUAAUAUAUUUAAUGGGACUUUUAAAAAAAGCUAUUUGAAAAGAGAUUUUGAAGUGUUUGGGGUUGGAGAGGAUGGCGGUGGGAAGAAAAAGUGCAGAGUACUGGGUACUGCCAAGAAGCUUUAUGUCGACAAGGGACACCUAAUGUUAAGAGGUAUGUGCUGUGAGGGAAGAAAACUUUGCAGAAGGGAGAGGUAAAGAGGGUACUAUAUACAAAAUUCUACAGGCACUUCACAAAUUGUCAUUAGUAUUUAAGCAUUUAAGUAUUUUGUACAGGAGAGUUUUUCAAAUCACCAGUGGUGCCAUAGUGUAUGGUUCAUCUUUAUUUUAACAAAAAAGACUCUUAAAUCACCAGAAUCUUGGUGGAUAGUUUUAUUAUAAGAGGCUAAUCAUUGAGCAGCUAGCUGCUUCAUAGUAGUAUAAUACUGGCAUUUCUUUGUAGUGAUUCCAGAAGUGUGCUUCUUUAUUUCAUUUUUAACUUGCUGUUCUUUUCUAUAAUUCAUCAUCUGACUAUUUAUCAGGUUAAUUUUGUUAGGACACUGGAGAAAGGUGCUUUAUCAAGAAAUAACUGACUACAUCCCUGUCCUGUAGUAGCUUCUUCUGUACUGGAGAUGCUCUCUUGUGCUCAUGUGAGGAGCAGUAAGGGAAAUAAAGUGUGUUUGUGCCUAAUAGAUCUGUCUGAAGGGCAGAAACAAAUGCUCAAUUUAACUUAAAUGGCCUAUUUAUGAUUUGGAAGAUGGGAUAUUCUUAGUAUACAGUCAGUCUUUUAUCUGGGCAGUUAAAAAAAUGUAACCCAAGCCAAACCCCUUUACCUAGUAUAUUAUAAACUUUGGGGAAGGGUGUUAAAAGAUUAAAUUUUAUUGUAUGGGUAUUGUUGCAACCUAAGAAUAAUUCCUCUUCUUCCAUGCUUCCAGUGUUAGAAAUAUCUUCCUUAUAACUGACCACCAAAUUUAAUGAUACUAAGAAGUUUAAGAUCUAGGAUUAGUAGUUUAAUAUGUAAUGAGUUCAAAAGCUAUCACUAAGAGGUAAGUAGUGACUUUUAAGAGCCUAAACAAAUUAUCAGGACUAAAAGAAUUCCAAUACCAUAUCAGUAUAGUAUGAGAUUCAGUGGAAUUUCUUUGGAUGCCAAAACUUUGUGACCUAUAGAGUGGUGAUAGCACUGUUAUUAAUAGCUUCUGUUAAUUAAAAAAAAACCCAAAAAACUCCUAUGUUUAUUUUCUGGUCAUAUUUGUUGCUCCAUCACUAAUCCUUUUAUAUUUUUUGUAGCUUAAUUUAUAUUGAUCCAUAGUGUACUUUUUCAGUUCUAUAAAUAUGUAUAAUUUAAGUGUAUGUGAGAUUAAAUUUAAGCAACACAAUAAAUCCUUUAUGAAACUGUAUUACUGCAUACCUGAUAUUAACUAAAGUUUUAUACAACUUGUAACAUCACUGUUAAUUAGAUCUCAAGUCAUAUACCAGACUCUAAUUACAAAGUAAACAUUGCUUCUAAUAGAUUCAAGAAUAUGUUAAUAGUUUUUAAUUUAUAAACUGAUUUACUCUAAAAAAAUCAGCAUUACCUUCUAUAAGUAUAAUUUUUUCCUGCAGCAGUCUGCUCUUUUGCCAGGUGAUAUUCAUUAUCACUAAUAGUCUUAAGUAACAGACAUAAAUGGCUAAGAAAUUAUAGUAAUAAUUGUCUUUUUCCAAAAAUAUUCAGAGUACUACGGGCAGUUCAGCAUACCAUGUUUCUGAGUAUCUAAUUUUGAAGGUUUCAUCCACAACAAUGUGAUUACAAACAUGUUGGGGUCUAUGAUAAAUAUUGGGUUUUGCACAUUUGGUAAAACUACAUUUUAAAUUGUCUUCACUCUAAAAGUCUUGCAUGUGUGUUUUUUUUUUUUCUUUUUAGUAUUUGGUUCAAACUAAUUUGAAGUUUGCUGUAGAGUUAACAUUUUAAUCAGUAUUGUCACUAUUUAUAUUUCCAGAUCCAACAAUUGAAUUUGAUCAUGGCUUUGUAUUUUUUUACUUCAUCAUUCUUUUUCCUCUUAAUAAUAAAAUUUUCUGUUUUAAGUGUCUUUAGUAAUAGUUCAAUAAGAAUGUUGCAGUUGCCAUAGUCAAAAAGUUUGUUAGAAAAACUUGGUUUGAAAAACUUUACAGAUUUUUUGACAGAUAAAUUCUCCCAUACUUCACAACUAACUGAAAAUUUGGUUACUAUAAAAUUAAACUGACCGACAUUAAUACUCCCAUUUCAGUGAUGUUGAAAUUUACCAUCAUAUGUCAGAAAAUAAAAUGAGAUGCCAAUGAAGAAAAGAUGAUUACCAGUUCUUCACUGAUACUAUAACAUAUCUCCACUGUCUUUCUCAAGUUGGCCAGGGUGAAUAUAUCACAGUUGGCCAGGGUGAAUUUGUUGCUAAGGAUCCAUGGGAUUGCAACAGUAUUUUUUUAUACUAUUUCAUUUUUUUAAAUUGUUGGUUAGGACUCACUACAUUGAUUUCAUGACUGCUAAUGGGUUUCAACCUGCAGUUUGGGAAACAUUGGUGUAGAAAAAUCAUAGUGGGUAAGUGAGAGAGUGGCAACAAGGUAAACGCAGAAUGAUAGCAAGGCCCAGGUCCCAUAAGGCUUAGUAAGCCACGAAAAGAUUGUGGCAUUUAAAGUGUGAUUAAAAAUCUUGAGGAUUGAAAACCUGAUAUGAUUUGAAUUUUAAAAUGAUCACUGUGAAUGCUGGGUGGAGAGUGGACUAAAGAGGUGGUGCUAGCGUAGAGGUGGGCAAACUACAGCCCACAGGCCAGAUCCACCCACCACCUGUUUUUGGAAGGCCUGUGAGCUAAGAAUGACUUUUAUAUUUUAUAUUUCAAAUGGUUGGGAAUAAAUCAAAAGAAGAAUAAUAUUUCAUAACGUGAAAAUUAUAUGAAAUUGAAACUUGAGUGUCCAUAAAUAUUUAUUGGAACAUAUUGGAGCUCAUCGUGUACAUUUGGUCUGUGGCCACUUUGGUGCUGCAAGAGCAGAGUUGAGUGUUUGCAACUGGGAUGAUAUGGCCCCAAAAACCUAAAUAUUUACUAUAUGGCCCUUUAUAGAAAAAGUUUGUUGACCCCUGUACUGGAGUGUAGGCAGCUGUAUCAGUAAAGACGUUAAUGCAGAGUCCAGGAGAGAGAUGAUGGUGUCUUGAACUGGGGGUUACAGUGUACAUGGGUACAAGUGGAUAAGUAUGGGAGAUACUCUGGAGAGGGGACUGAGAAGUUUUGCUGUUGAAUUUGGAUACUGGUGGAACUGAUCGAAAAGGUUUCUUUUUCCUUCACUGAAAAAAAGACAACCAUCUAGCCAAAAAAGUAAAUGGAUCAUGUUGUGUUUCCUUCUAUAUGUUAUAUUCUAAAAGAUGAAAGAUGUAUGUAACUAUUAAAAGCAACUUCAGUGUAAAAUGAAAAACAUUUCUAAAUUUGCCUGACCCAAGAAGGCAUUUUUACUUGUAAUCCUUGCUCUAUAACUAGCUUCUUGCUAUAUAUUUUAAAUUUACUCACCUCUUCUUACAUAUACACUCAUCCUAAAUAUUAAGACUGUUCUGGGCUUUCUGAAUACAGUACAUUGUUUUAAAUGGCUUGCAAAUAUAAACUUUGGUAGAAUGCUUAGAAACCAGUCUAGGUUUCCUAUAGGUUCUGUGACUAUAGUUUAUAAUUGUUCAUCUGCGUGAGUGUGUCAGCCAUGACAGGGUGGAAAUUUUUAUUAUUUUUAGGGAUGAAAAUUACUUAUUUGGUUUUGAUUUCUAAGGUUUUUUUUCCUUGUAUAGCCCCCUAACUAUAAUGGGAAUAGUGUAUGAAACCUUAAAGCUGUAGAAUCUGACAUUUGCAAUACAAUUACUUUUUAAACAGCAAUCUAAACUUUAAAAAUGUGUAGCCGUUGUUUUUGACCAUUAGCUGUAUGUGAAAUUGAUAAAAUUUUAUAAGAAUUGUAUUUAUACAGCUCUCUAUACUUUUCUGUCUCUAGCAACAUGGCUGACUAAAUAAUCUGAAAACCCUUCUGUUUUAAAUCACCUAGAAAUGCUAGAUAAAAUAUAAUAAACAUACAUUUAAGUGAACAGCUGAGCUUUCAGGAAAGUAAGGAAAACAGAUUCAAACAUAAAGAAAAGACUGAAAAACAGAGGAGUGUGUGAGCUGACAUUUGACUGCUCCGUGGAUGGGAGCAAGAGUUAUUGGUCUGGGCAUUGUUGGGAUUUGAAUUUUAAUGCCCUUGUGGAAACAGGUUACAAAGCCUUGAGUUUGUACAAAGUGGGGGAAUUGGAACAACAUCCAAACAUGAAACCAGGAUCCUUAAAGGGCUACACUUUUAGCAAAGGGGUAGAUGAGGAAAAGAACCGGUCCAUCAGCACAGGGAGACUACAAAGAACCUUUUAAAUAAGACUUCCCUAAGAACUCGUAACUAUGCUCCUGCCUCUUGUUGGCUUGGGGUUUAAAUUAAUAUUACCUACUUGAUCUGGGAAAACCUAAACUGAGAAAUUAGUAUAAAAAGGAUUCAUAGGGUAGCAAAACCUCUGAGUUAUCUGGAAGAAGCAAACACAAAACAUCCUUGGUGGGACAAGCUUCCAAACUAGGCUGCCUAGUUUCCCACAGUUAACCUGCAUGAAGUUGAGUUUGCAAUACCCAAUUAAAAAAUUCAGAAGACAGUCAGCUGUUAUCACAAUAGACACACGAAUAGGGUUAAAUCCCUAAGACCUCCAGAUAAUUAUCAUAUAGAGACCAUAAAAUAAGUAUGUUUAAAAUGACAAAAAGCUUAAAAUAAGGAAAUUAAAACAUAAGAAAGUAAAUCAAAGAUGUGGAAAGGAAUCCAAUAAAACUUAGAGAAAUAAAAAAUGUAGUCAUUAAAAAUAAAAUUAAUGAAUAAUCAGCAGAAAUAGUUGAAGGAGGAAUAAGUGGAAGAGAAACCUGAAGAAGUUAUCCAGAAUGCAGGAAAAAGAGAGAGAAGAAGAAAAAUAAAUCUUUAGAGACACAGAAGUUAGAAUGGGACAAUCUAACAUAAUGUCUAAAGAAGUUCCAAUAGGAGAAAAAAUAAUAAGGGGAUGAAGCAAUAUUUGAAGAGAGAAUGGCCGAAAAUAUUGCAUAUGAAUGAAGGGCAUAGUCCUUAGCUUCAGAAAGCCUAAUGAGUCUCAAGAAGGAUAAAUAAAAUCUAAUCCUCACCCAGACACAUCAUGAAAUCAAAGAAAAUAGAGCAAGGGUUUUUAUGGGUAGCAUUCUCCUACAACUAAGAUAUUGAAAUCAAUUCACCUGAAGUAAGAUUUUAAAGUUAUUUUCCGGUAUUAGUGAUAAGUUUUCACUGAUCUAUCUGCAUGUUCAUAUUGGUUCAACUUGUGACUAAGACUUCACUUUGUGAAGUGUUUGAUAAGUUUUUUGCCAUGGAGCAUUAGUGUCUAAAUAUUAAUUAGUAGUUCUAUGAGGAAAUAAUUUCUUUUUGUGACUAGUUUUCUUGAGGGAACUAAGGAGAUACACCAUCAAGAAAACUACCAUUCAACAUCUUCCAAAAUGUGUGGGGACUUUAAAGUCACUGGUUAAAAAUAAUAGCAUAAUUUAUUUGAAAUUUUAACCAAAAAAAUCUGUUACCUUUCUUUGUUAUUCACUCAUUUAGUCCAGUUUUAGACUUUUCUCUUUCUGUAUCAUGAAAUCAUUUUUUUUUCCUUCUGAUUUCCACUCUGAUUGUUCUUUUCCUGUUUCUUAUUCAUAGACUUCGAAGGAACAGCUAUAUUUGCAAGUCACUUAAAAUCAUUUAUUCAUCGUAUGUUUAAAAAGUGACUAUUAUAUGGUUAAAAAGAUUUUGGAGGAAAACAGUUCAGGUGACUUGAACAUAAAUUGCGUAGAUGUGCUUGGGAGAAAUGCUGUUACCAUAACUAUUGAAAACGAAAACUUGGAUAUACUGCAGCUUCUUUUGGACUACGGUUGUCAGUCCGCAGAUGCACUUUUGGUGGCAAUCGACUCUGAAGUAGUGGGAGCUGUUGAUAUACUACUUAAUCAUCGACCAAAACGAUCAUCAAGACCAACUAUAGUAAAACUAAUGGAGCGAAUUCAGAAUCCUGAGUAUUCAACAACUAUGGAUGUUGCACCUGUCAUUUUAGCUGCUCAUCGUAACAACUAUGAAAUUCUUACAAUGCUGUUAAAACAGGAUGUAUCUCUACCUAAGCCCCAUGCGGUUGGCUGUGAAUGUACAUUGUGUUCUGCAAAAAACAAAAAGGACAGCCUCCGACAUUCCAGGUUUCGUCUUGAUAUAUAUCGCUGCUUGGCCAGUCCAGCUUUAAUAAUGUUAACAGAGGAGGAUCCAAUUCUGCGAGCAUUUGAACUUAGUGCUGAUUUAAAAGAACUAAGCCUUGUGGAGGUGGAAUUCAGGAAUGAUUAUGAGGAACUAGCCCGGCAAUGUAAAAUGUUUGCUAAAGAUUUACUUGCACAAGCCCGGAAUUCUCGCGAAUUAGAAGUUAUCCUAAACCAUACAUCUAGUGAUGAGCCUCUUGACAAACGGGGACUACUAGAAGAAAGAAUGAAUUUAAGUCGUCUAAAACUUGCUAUCAAAUAUAACCAAAAGGAGUUUGUCUCCCAGUCCAACUGUCAGCAGUUCCUGAACACUGUUUGGUUUGGACAGAUGUCAGGUUACCGACGUAAGCCUACCUGUAAGAAGAUAAUGACUGUUUUGACAGUUGGCAUGUUUUGGCCAGUUUUGUCACUUUGUUAUUUGAUAGCUCCCAAAUCUCAGUUUGGCAGAAUUAUUCACACACCUUUUAUGAAAUUUAUUAUUCAUGGAGCAUCAUAUUUUACAUUCCUGCUAUUACUAAACCUAUACUCUCUUGUCUACAAUGAGGAUAAGAAAAACACAAUGGGGCCAGCCCUUGAAAGAAUAGACUAUCUUCUUAUACUGUGGAUUAUUGGGAUGAUUUGGUCAGACAUUAAAAGACUCUGGUAUGAAGGGUUGGAAGACUUUUUAGAAGAAUCACGUAAUCAACUCAGUUUUGUCAUGAAUUCACUUUAUUUGGCAACCUUUGCCCUCAAAGUGGUUGCUCACAACAAGUUUCAUGAUUUUGCUGACCGAAAGGACUGGGACGCAUUCCAUCCUACACUGGUGGCAGAAGGGCUUUUUGCAUUUGCCAAUGUUCUGAGUUAUCUUCGUCUCUUUUUUAUGUAUACAACAAGCUCUAUCUUGGGUCCAUUACAGAUUUCAAUGGGACAGAUGUUACAAGAUUUUGGAAAAUUUCUUGGAAUGUUUCUUCUUGUUUUGUUUUCUUUCACAAUUGGACUGACACAACUGUAUGAUAAAGACUAUACUCCAAAAGAACAGAAGGACUGUGUAGGCAUCUUCUGUGAACAGCAAAGCAAUGAUACCUUCCAUUCGUUCAUCGGCACUUGCUUUGCUUUGUUCUGGUAUAUUUUCUCCUUAGCACAUGUGGCAAUCUUUGUCACAAGAUUUAGCUACGGAGAAGAAUUACAGUCCUUCGUCGGAGCUGUUAUUGUUGGGACAUACAAUGUUGUGGUUGUGAUUGUGCUUACCAAGCUGCUGGUGGCAAUGCUUCAUAAAAGUUUUCAGUUGAUAGCAAAUCAUGAAGACAAAGAAUGGAAGUUUGCUCGAGCAAAGUUGUGGCUUAGCUACUUUGAUGACAAAUGUACAUUACCCCCACCUUUCAACAUCAUUCCUUCACCAAAGACUAUCUGCUAUAUGAUUAGUAGCCUCAGUAAAUGGAUUUGCUCUCAUACAUCAAAAGGCAAGGUUAAACGGCAGAACAGCUUAAAGGAAUGGAGAAAUUUGAAGCAAAAGAGAGAUGAAAACUACCAAAAAGUGAUGUGCUGUUUAGUGCAUCGUUACUUGACUUCCAUGAGACAAAAGAUGCAAAGUACAGAUCAGGCAACUGUGGAAAAUCUAAAUGAACUGCGCCAAGAUCUGUCAAAAUUCCGAAAUGAAAUAAGGGAUUUACUUGGCUUUCGGACUUCUAAAUAUGCUAUGUUUUAUCCAAGAAAUUAGCCAUUUUCUAAAUCACGUAGAGAAUAAUUUUCAAUAAUAAAUCUGAAAGACUGCAUUUGUAUAACUUGCAAUUAAAUUAGUAAGAUAUAUAUUGAAAUAAAGAAUUAUGUAAAAGCCAUUCUUUAAAAUAUUUAUAGCAUAAAUAUAUGUUAUGUAAAAUAUGUAUAUAUGAUUAGUUUUUUUAAAACCCUCUGUUCGUGGCUUUUUGCAGUAAUAAAACAGAUUAAGUAGAUAGAUUUUGUUAGCAUGCUGCUUAGUUUUCUUAUUUAAACGGUGCUUAAAUUUUUUUUCUCUUUCUGCUUAAGAAGGGCAGUGUUAGAAUUGUAGUGACUAUUGCCAGAAAGUUUUGUAAAAAUGAAGAUCAGCAAAUGUGGACUGAUCUCCUUCCAUAGGGUACAUUUGAGAUAUAGAAGUCUUGUUUUUUAAAAUCUUUGCUUUAGGAGUUUACAUAUAUAGUUCAGUAUUUAUUGUUUAGGAGUAUAGGUUUACCUAAAACAGUAGUCUAUUUUUUCUUUUUUCUUUUGUUAUAAUCUUAAGCAACAAAGAUAAAGCCCUAAUGAAUGUUUGAAUCUAUUUGUGUCUAUAAAUUUAAAUUCACCCCAAUGUUUGUUACUGUAACAUAUUUACUUUUACAUGGUUGUAAUCACUUUAUAUUUUUAAUUUUGCUUUUUUCACUUAAUAGUAUUUUAUAUAUACAUUUCCAUGUAUUGAUAGAGUCCACAUAUUUAAAUUUUUAUAGAAUUAUAUAGUUUUUGAAAAAUAUAGUUAGUAGACUUUUCAUUUUGUAGCUAUAGAGUAUUUGAUUAUGUUUAUAAGUUUGCACAGCUACUUCUCUAAGAUUAGGUAUUUAUUGGCUUUUAAUUUUUUAUUAUCAUAAAAGUGAUAUAAUUUUUUUUCAAGUUGGAGUGAAUGUUCCUAGUUAUAAAGCUAACCCAAAAUAAGGAUUUAGAAGGUAUUUCUUUGUCAUGUAUGGUCACAGCCUGUUUUGUUUGUGUAAACAUUGGAAGACCCUUUAAUGCAAGGAUUUGUUUUAUUUUUGGACUAAGGUUCUUGACCUUAUAUCCGAAAGUAUUUUCCACAGAAUUUAACAUAGUUCUAUAAACGGGACUUCAUGCUUAUUUGUGGCUCAUUCUUGAUGCUUAGGGUGAAAAGCAUUGACUUUUUAAAUUGGAGAAUAAAGUAUAUAUUUAAAUUUUUUUCCUGUGUUCAUGUAAGGGAUAUAGUUAACAGUUUUUCACAGGCUAUUCCUUAUUUAUUCUUGCAGCAUUUCUAGUUAAGAGGUUAUUAUGUAUAUAAUUAUCUUCUUAACUGAAUGUCAGAUGGUCUUAAGGCCACAGGGUGCAGGUAGCCCUUGGUCUAUAAGUACCACCGAUCCAGGGAUCAUUGUUGAAAUAUGUUAGUGUUGUGUUUCAUCUUGCUUUUUACUUUUUAUUUUUUAAUUUCCAAAUUGUAAGUGUUCCCUUUUUUGGGCAAAUUCUUAUAAAAAUGUUUAUUGUAAAGUUAUAUAUUUUGUCUAUGAUGGGAUUAUGCACUUCCCAACUGGGAUUUUACAUCAGGGUUUUUAGUCAUUCUAAAAAAUAUCUAAUUAUUAAAUCAAAAUAUUUAUAGAGUGCCUACUGUAUGCAUGAGUUACGAGGUAUAUUUUGAAUGACAGCAUAUUGUAAGAAAAAAGGUAAAUAAAACUUGACAUUAGAUUAUAAAUU